AUGGCGCCUUUCCUCGACCAGUACUGGGUUGACGGUGUCUGGCAUGCGCGGUGGGAUAUCAUGAUGGUAAUCAAGCGCAUGGAUGAAGCUUCGCGAUUGAUUCCUUUCGUGACCUCUAGUCGGCGCCGCAAGGAACUCUCCCAGCGGCGGCUCAAGCCCGUCACUGGCGUCGCAGGGGCGCACCGGCAUCCCCAGCAAGAUCUGGGUGCGUGCUCGCAAAGCGGCAAGCGCCACGAUGGCAGUCGGCACCGGUGGCCACCCGCACCCACGCGGCUCGGUCCCGCGCGUGUGUCGUCGGAGCCGUGUCAGCGCUUGGCAGUCAAAGCGCCCGCCCACGUCCGCGGCAGCGUCCGCGCCCGCCUGGCUGGAGCUCCGGUUGGCCUUGACUUGUUGAAAUGCCAGCGCUGGCCUCGCCUCGGCAACAGGCCGUUGGCGACGAUCUCGAUCCUCCGGCCGUCAGUGGCGGGAAGGUUGAGUUCCCGCAACGCGACGGUUGUGGUUGUGGCUACCCGACUCAAAAUUCCUCACUUGGCACUGGAUUUUACAAUGAGCUGGGUGUCCGGAGCAUGGGUAGACUUUGGAAAGACUGCGGCACUACCGGGUAUGUCGGCCAAGGGUGGCCCGGCCACGGCCAGCAUGGCAUGCCAAUUCAGUGAAGGAUGGAGUGGAACACCCAUGUGGCAGCUUGCCCAGGGCCGCGAGGAAACCAUGAGGAAGGAAAGAGAGGCAAGAGAAGCUCAAGCCGGGGACGUGCUUGAAAUUGAUAACGAGGCAGCAGGUUUUCGAAGCGUCUUGUACGUGUCGAGAAUGGUUGGAGACAAGUACGAGGACUCCAAGGUUCGGGGUCCUCGGCGGAAGACGCGAGCUCAAGCCAUCAAGGAUGGCCUCAGCUUGCGAAAUGCCUGCCGCGACGCUCCAAAGGAUGCAAAGCUAGAAGCGGCACAGAGAAGGUCUGUAGAGUUGAUGUAUACGUUCUGGAAGCCAGAGGAGCUUCCCAAAGAGGACUUCGACUUCGAAGAGUCGGUGGAAAAGCCAAUGAGGCUGCGCUUGGCAAGAAAGCCGCGCGGAAACGGUUGGCAGCGAGUCGGUGACAAGGAGUUCUUCAGACACUGCAGCGCUCCAAUGGCUUUCGAUCCGGUGAAGGGCCGCUACUUGAAGAUAGACGCCGAAACAAACUCGUAUAUCGAUUGUGAUGUUCCUCACGACCCCAUCGAGUACUCGGUGUCGGUGAGCGUCGGUGCUUCGUUGGUUGGACAGACUGACGAGGAUCUCAAUGCGCCGGACAGGCCCAGAAGCAUGCUCCUCAAGGAAUUAGUCAAGACUGGUGCUGCUAUGAAGACUCCGUUGUUCUUCCUGGACCAGCCGGCGGCGUGUUUUGCAAUGUUUGACGGGGUGCGUGGUGGAGCAGCCGUGGAGUGGUGUUCGAAACAUUUGCACACCAAGCUCCUUCCGCAACUCAGCGCGUCGAUCACCUACUGGCAUGAUGCGGACCUGAGGGGACUCCUUCGGUCGAUACUGUCGGAGUUGGAUGUCCAGCUUGUGCAGCAGGCCGGUUGUUGCUGGGAAGGUGUUUCCAUCGCAGUGGCUUUGCUGCUCGGAGAUCGCUUAGUCGUGGCAAGUUUGGGUGGAACCCACGCCUUGGUUGCUGCCCCUGACGGCCGCUGGCGGUCUCUGGAUGGGAGACAUGUGGCAUCUUCGGCAGAGGAGCAAGCUCGCAGCAAGGCACUUGGUGCGGAGAUUGUCGGAGAAGAGACAGGUAAAGGAGUCGUCGGUGCCCCUUUUGUGCAAAAGGUGGUGCAAGCAAGAGACUGGCAAGUUGUUGAAGAUGCCACUGCAGAAGAGGAGGUCACGAGAGUUCUCGACCGGACAUCGGACUGUUUCGCUACUUUGGGUCUUGGACCAGAGGACAAGAUCGACGGCAAGGCAGCUCGCUCGUGCUACAAAAAGUUGGCCCUCAAGGUGCACCCAGACAAGGCUCCGGAGGAGCUUAAGGCACGAGCCAAAGCGGCUUUUGAAAAAGUGGAGAAGGCAGCUGCAGACGUUGAAGCAUUCUGCGAAACAGAUGUGGAGGCGACCGAAUGCCUCCAUCGCAUCCUCCAUGCUGCCGGGCCAAGAAGAGCCUCCAUGUCGCGAGCCACAGCAUUCGACGUUCUGGGCAUCCCGGAAGAUUGCAGUCUUGAGGAGGCUGGAAGACAGGGACGGGAUUUGAGAGAAACCAUCAUAAAGCUGGGCAUGUUGACCGGCGGCAACUACGGCCAUCCGGACCAGGCCGAAGCUGUGCGAAUGAUAGAAGAGGCAGCCGAAGCGAUUGCAGAGCCUGCAGCUCUGACAGCGAGCAAGGGAGGCGCCAGCUUCUCGUCCCUCAAGCCCAUCCAGGUCACUCGUGCCCUGGGCUUGAGAGACUUGAAGCUGCCUAGAAAAAUUGUUUCCUCGGAGCCGCAGAUAGACGUCAUCCAGCUGGAGGCGCUGGGUUCGCACCACCUCGUGCUGCUGAGCUCCGGCGCGACAUCUUUGAGUGACCAGGAGGUGAUCGAACGAAUCCGUGGUUUCUCAGGGCAACCCAAGGCCGGAUCACUCUUGGUCGCAGCUGAUGCCGCAGCCAAAAAUGCUGCGCAAAGCAUCACUGGGCCACAGCGAUUUGGCUGCUGCAUCGUGGGUGUGUUCGAGGUUGGGUCAGGCUAUGUUGAGCCAGCUGCGAAGAAGGCCAAGAAAGAUGGCGGUGACAAGGUCAGAUGCAGACACAUUCUUCUUAAACACAAGGACCUGAAGCAAAAGAUGGAUCCGCAGGCGCAUCUGCGGUCCAAGGGUCCGGUGACGCGCCCUCUGGCGCAGGCCGAACGUGAACUGAUGAGACUAAAGGAGAGCUUAACAAAGGAUACCAGUCAGUUUCCAGCAAUGGCUCGUAAGCACUCGGAAUGCAAGUCCGCCUUGCAGCCCGGACAGAUGGCGGGAGACCUUGGAUGGAUUUCUAAAGGCAGCCUCGGAGAUCAAGCCAUGGAAGAUGUCGUGCUCGCUCUCGAGGUGAACGAGCUAAGCGAUUUGGUCACCACAGCGCGUGGUGUGCAUCUUGUGCAAAGAUAUGCAUGA